AUGGAAUUCAUCAGCUAUGCAAUCUAUGGAGCCAUCGCCUUCAUUUCCCUUUUCUCCUAUUACUACCGGCUUUCCGCUAAACCAAAAACCAAAUCGCCACCAGCAGCCGGCGGGGCACGGCCCUUUACAGGUCAUCUACACCUCAUGGCCGGCGGCGGAGGAGGUGGUGGUGGUGGACUCCCUCACAUAAAGUUAGCCGCCCUAGCAGAUGAACACGGGCCUGUUUUCACAAUCCGGCUGGGCGUCCACCGCGCCAUGGUGGUCAGCAGCUCCGAUUUGGCGAAAGAACUGUUCACCGCCUUCGACGCCGCCAUCUCUUCCCGCCCGAAGCUAAGGGGGGCCAAACACUUGGGCCGCGACUUCGCCACGUUCGGUUUCUCUCCCUACAGUGCGUACUGGAAGGAGCUCCGUAAAAUCGUCUCCGUCGAGCUUCUCUCGAACCGUAGGAUCGAGCUUCUGCGAAAAGUGCGUGUUUCGGAAAUCGAUGAAUCCGUUAAAGAGCUUUACAAGCUCUGUGAGAGGAAGAAAGACCAAGUAUAUAAUUCCGGGGGCGGUGGAGUGUUGGUGGAUAUGAAGGAGUGGUUCGGUAACUUGAAUUUGAACGUGGUCCUCAGGAUGGUGGCCGGCAAGAGGUUUAACGGCGACGCGGAGGAGACGAGGCGGUGCCUGGUGGUGAUGAGGGAUUUCUUCCGAUUGGCGGGGACCUUUGUGCCGGCUGACGCCCUUCCUUAUCUUGGGUGGAUGGAUUUAGGUGGACGCGAGAAGAAAAUGAAGGAGACUGCUAAAGAAUUGGACGAAAUCGUUGGAGGGUGGUUGGCGGAGCACCGCGAAAAGGAAUAUUCCGGCGACGAUGAUGAUCGCGAUUUCAUGGAUGUGAUGUUGUCGGUUAUACAAAGUGCAAACCUUCGAGGUCAAUACGAUGCUGAUACCAUUAUCAAAGCUACAUGCGAGAGUUUGAUCGCGGGUGGGACCGACACAACUUCGAUCAUGUUAGUAUGGGCACUCUGCCUCCUACUAAUCAAUCGUCGCGUCCUAAAAAAAGCACAAGAAGAAUUGGACGUGCGUGUCGGGAGAGAAAGGCGAGUAAACGAAUCGGAUAUCAACAGUCUAGUCUAUCUCCAGGCCAUAGCUAAAGAAACUCUACGAUUACACCCCGCGAGCCCCUUGGGGGGAUUUCGGGAGUUCACCGAAGAUAUCAAUAUUAGAGGCUACAAUGUUCCAAAAGGCACAUGGCUAAUAGUGAACUUGUGGAAGUUGCAUCGCGAUCCGCGCGUGUGGGGGGAGGACGCGAUGGAGUUCAGGCCGGAGAGAUUUUUGAGUGGGCCCCACAUGAAUUUAGAUGUCAAGGGACAGGAUUUCGAGCUGAUCCCGUUUGGCGCUGGUCGGAGAAUUUGCCCCGGGACGAGCUUUGGCAUGCAUAUGUUGCAUUUGGUGUUGGCUAACGUGCUGCAGGCGUUCGAUCUGUCGACGGUGUCCGAUGAAGUGGUUGAUAUGGCUGAAACUGUAGGAUUGACAAACAACAAAGCCAUGCCACUUAAUGUUCUUGUGGUGCCCAGACUAACUUCUAGUCUUUAUUAAUUAGGUUAUUUGGAUUUUUAUCAAGAAUAAUUAACCACCUAUUAGAUGCUAUAUUAUUAUGGGUGAAGUACACGAGUAUAAUAUUUACUGCUCAUCUAAAUAAAUGUAUGUGAAAACGGCAAAUCAGCUUUGUUCAAUGUACGUAUUUUAUUUUAAUCGGUUAAUUGGGUGCAGGGCAUACUACCCCUGAUUUAUAUAUCAAAGGUCAUGUUGGCCAAAGUUAUUUUUCUCGUUUAAGUGUCAUUUUAUAAUUUCACCGACAAUUUUUGUUU